AUUUUGAUAUUUCACUUAACGCCCAGUUUUCAUGGCGAAAUACAAAGCAGAAUUUAAUGUAUACAGACUUAAAUAUACUGUACAUUCAAUAGGCCAUUGCUGUAGUUUAACUGAAGCCUUUAACCUACUUCAGAACCACGGACAGCAACCUACUUCCUGACGCUUUGUGGCUUUGAGAUAACAGUGCAGUGUCAUACUUAAAAUAAACAGUUGCGAAAUAUUGCUCUUGCAUGGCCAUGGCGACACUAUUCAAGUAGUGCUAGAAUUUCACACAAGGUUGAGAAAAGCCUCCCUGUAUGCAUGUGCCUGUUUUAAAGCUACCAAUUAACGUUGACAUUCCUACUGGAAAAAUAAGCAGCUGACUUAUGUGUAAUAGAGCUUAUACAGCUACGAAAAGCUUAAUUCUGUUUUCUUACGGCUCAUACUAUCCCGCUAAGGCUUAUCUCUGACUCUUUCACAACAUACAAUUGCCUCAUUCACUGCUGCAGCAGGUUUUAUAGUAGUGAUAACCCGUGUAGCAUAGCAUAGGUAAAUCUAUCACGAGUGCUGCGGUCGCUCUGUGCUCCAGCAGCAGCAGCAGCAGCAGCAGCCGGGCUUCAUGUAAACACGCCGCGCACAGGGCUUUGUUUGACACACACACACACACACACACACACACACACUCCGCUGGUAUCCCCCUCUAGUCAUGCCAUGGAUAUUUUGUGGCAAUACCAGUUCAGAAUCAUUUUACUCGGGGAUUCAACAGUGGGGAAGUCGUCGUUGCUGAAGCGCUUCACGGACGGAAUUUACAGCGAUGUGGCGGAUCCGACGGUCGGGGUGGAUUUUUAUGCCCGCUCGCUUGAUAUCGAGCCCGGGGUGAAAAUCAAGCUUCAGCUCUGGGACACUGCUGGCCAGGAACGAUUCAGGUCCAUCACAACAUCAUACUACCGUAACUCUGUGGGGGGGCUGCUAGUCUUUGAUCUCACCAAUCGCAAGACCUUUGACCAUGUGAGGGAAUGGCACAAGGAGGUGAGUGAGCACAUCCUGCCUCAUCACAUGGUCUACAUCCUCAUCGGCCACAAGAGCGAUCUCAACAAGGAUCGUAAGGUGAGCCGGGACGAGGCGGAACAGCUCGCGGCCGAGCUGGGCAUCCGCUAUGUGGAGACGUCAGCCAAGUGCAACAGCAACGUGGACCGGGCCUUCGAGCUGCUGACCAGAGACAUCUACGAGCUGAUGAAGAUGGGGGAGAUCGUUACCCGCGACGGCUGGGACGGGGUGAAGAGCGGCCUCACCGCCAAGGUCCUCUACCCGGCUGAGGACGAAGAGGAACUAGCUGCUGCGACCGCUGAAAAGAGCUGCCACUGCUGACUGAGAACGCUCUCUGUCCGAAACACUGUCCUGUCCCACCAACAGCUCACCUCGUCUCACAGCCGUCCGUCGAAACCAAGUCACUCAGGCUCAGCACCCAUGAUAUCACCACCCAUCACUUCCUCACCCCGUGCUUCGUGCCCUCUCUCUGUGUGGCUUCUACUGACAACUGGGAUUCUUUUCUAACAAGGGGGCCAGUGUACAUCCCCAUGUGUAUCUUAUAAGCAAAUUGUAUCUCUAAAUCCAUGUGGUGUAGCAUGAGCCGAGCUGUUUUGGGCCUUGUUAGGGUCAGGAAACACAGAAAGCAUGCAGAGGUGAUCAGGCUUUGAUGCAUAGAGUGUAGCCAAUACUCCUUUUCACAGCUGUGGAGUUAAUGGACUACCGAAUAUAUUGAAGGUACAUGGACUAUAACUUGCUGUGGUCUGGCAUCACUUCCAUUUCAUAUGGCACUGUUGUGGGUCUCUACCUGUCAAAGUUUGUGUGAUGCUUUGCCUGAAAUUUUUUUGUGACUGUAAUAUUGUAAAUAAUAGUGAAAUCUAUAGAUGAAAGCUAAAAGGUCACUGAAAGCUACUUAAUUGAUAGUGUGAACAGACACAGUGCACUCUACAAUAAGUGUCACCAUAUGAAAUCAAUGUGCUCCUCCUGCUACUGUAAGCUGUAUGUGCACUCUCGCCAAACUGACUUUCUGAUCAUUCUGUGAAGAGAUGAUUAAUGUUUUUUGUAAAAAGAUAUAGAUUAUUUCUAGUUAAGGUGUAUACAUAAAGAUAGGCCAUUGUAAUUAGGGUAGGUGGUCCCAUUUAGGUAUUUGUUUUAUAGCAUCGACAGGAUCAAGACAUUAAGUGUGUCAGAAAUUCACCUCUUGGUUAUCAGACCUUUAAUGACAUCAUCAGUGUUAGUGAAGAUGUGUUUGAUUAACAGCAAAGAGGAGUUUGAGUUUGAUUUGAACAAAAAAAGCUGUUUGUAGCUUAAUCAAACAGCUAUUUCUUUUUGUUCAUAUCUCAAACCAUAAAAAUAAUAUUCCAUUCAGGCCUGAGCUGAUGAUGGAUGCCAACUCUGACUUCCAAGAAGAACAUUUGUCACCUCUGAGAUUUCUUAGACACUGGUUCCUGAUGUCACAUCAACAUGGCAGCAUACACUGCAAACAUUAAGUAGCAUUAUUUUUAACAUGGUUAUUACAGUCAGUUCAAGGAACUAGAUAUGAAACAAUUGCACACCCAUAUUCCCAGUUUACAUAUUUCCUUCUAUAGCAAUUAUAUAGACAACAAAAUUCAAGGCCUUGAAAGAAUAAUCAAACAUUUUGGAAAAUAAAUACUAUUUCUUUCUUUCCAAGAGUGAGAUGAGAAGAUCGGUACAGAGCUAACUCAACUUGAGGUUGCUGAAAUUCUCUGUUAAGUAAUGUUGGCAUACCAUGAACAUAACUUUAGUUUUUACAUGAGUAAGAGUAUUUUGGAUUUAGCGACUUGUGACACCAAUAUAAGCAGCUGCAACGGAGCCUGUGACGGUCAGCUUAUGGUUCUGAGCAGUGAGCUGCGUUUAUGAUGCAUGCAUGUCUGCACACAUGACUUCCAAGCAGUAAGUACCUUUAACACAGAUGAUGAUGUGUGCUUUCAAGUCUUCAGAGGCUUUUGAUUGCAGACAUUCAUAAUCUGUUGUUUACAUUUAGCCUGGGAACUCACCUGUCCUCCCACUGCUCACUCACCUUUCACCAGCAUCUCACCAGAACAUCUGUUCACACACUGCAAACAGCAACCUGGAGAUUAUGCAUUUUUACGUUUUUCAUUUCAGUUCCUAUGAGACUGAACUGUCAUUGUUCUUUGAGUUGACAAAGGCAAAUGCAGCUUUGUAUUUGGGAAGGAAUGUAUAUUAAAACACAUGCACCAUCCCUUUAUUUUUGAUUUUUCGCUACAGAUUCAGAAAAAAUUGUAUUCUUCCUCAUACAGCCAGGUUUAAAUACAGUUUACUUUAUACACUAUAUGUUUUUGUUUGUUUGACAAUCAGAUAUUAGCAUUUCAUGUUCUUUGUGCAGAUGAGGGCUUCAUCAUAGAGUUGCUAGGCCUUGAAAUCUAGCUUAACCUUGUUGCUCGGAAUUGAGAAACAUCCCAAAUUACUGUUCGACAGCCAGUCUGACUGUGUUACUGCAACUUCCUUUCUCACUUUUGUCUCUCAUCUGAACAGGGUUAUAUUCUAUAUUGUUUGAAUUUGUAUGUUAAUAUUGUGUUGUUAGAAAACUGUUCUCCAGUGAGCAUGAUUUCCAUUCCUGAGCACUGCACAUUAGAAGGGACCGUUGCACUGCUCGGUGUGAAGACGGCAGCCUCACAGCAUUGGAGAGCACUGCUUUAGUUGAAAGGACAACGCUGGAAAGACGAGAAGAAGAAAUCGCAUUUUGAAAGACAGAUUCAAUGGGAAGAAAUAAGCUUAUUUUUCAUCAACCAUUAGUAGACGCCUCUAUAUCCAACUAUGAUAAAAAAAAUUAAAAUACAACAUUUACAACAGCAUAUAUAAUCUUUAAGACUGUGUAGAUGCAUAAACAGUGACCAUCCUGAGUAAUGAUGAUUAUAAUGAUGGUGACCAUAACCAACCUUCAGUCCAAUUCCAGCCUCUCGCUUGUUCUAAUCUUAAAGGAGUAGUUCAACAUUUUGGUGAAUUUGUUAAUGAACUUUCUUUCUGAUAGUAGGAUGAGAAGAUUGACACCACUCUCUCAGAAAAAAAAUGAAGAAGCAAACCUCCCCCAAAAUGUUGGACUAUGCCUUUAAUGGUAUGUUUCAUGUUGUCCACUGGUGUAUACAGCUCUAUAAUGAUCAAACCAACCUGCUGAUAGGGCUUCUAUACAUCAGCAGCUGUAAGGCCUGCAAGACGGUGCUUAGCACAAAACUGUACAGCUUCUAAGCCCCAUGGUCACAUUCCACAGCUUUAUGAAAUAAAUGUUAUUUAUUUUAUAUAUUGUGUAUAAGGGAUUCGCCUUUUAUUUGAUGUGAUUUUAU